GUGUUUAACUCAAUUACGGCUUAAUUUAUGAAGCAAAAACACAAUCAUGAAAGUUGUCUUUAUGGUUGCAGAGAAGCCUUCUCUUGCCCAGAGUAUUGCUGAAAUCCUAAGUAACAGAUCUCAGCGCUCCAAAAAAGGGGCUAAUGGGGCUUGCUCUACACAUGAGUGGGUGGGGACUUUUCAAGGCCACCCUGCCAGGUUCAAGAUGACAUCUGUUUGUGGUCAUGUGAUGACAUGUGAUUUCCCGGGCAAAUACAAUAACUGGGAUAUUGUAGAUCCUGCUGAUCUCUACAGCUGCCCUAUUGAGAAGAAAGAAGCCACUCCUAAGCUCCGUAUGCCAUACUUUCUUGCUCAGGAAGCCCGAGGCUCAGACUACUUGGUUCUAUGGCUAGAUUGUGACAAGGAAGGAGAGAAUAUAUGCUUUGAAGUCAUGGACUGCGUGGCCAGAUCCAUGAAUCCUCCUUAUAAUCCAGCAGAGCAGACAGUUUUUCGGGCAAAGUUUUCAGCCAUUACUGAUAAAGAUAUCAAGGCAGCCAUGCAAGACUCGGCUCUGGUAGCUCCUAACGAGAAUGAAUCCAGAUCGGUUGACGCCAGGCAAGAGCUGGACUUGAGAAUCGGAUGCUCCUUCACGCGAUUCCAGACUAAAUUUUUCCAGAAUAAGUACGGCAACCUGGACUCUACUGUGAUAUCAUACGGCCCCUGCCAGACGCCCACGCUUGGCUUCUGUGUCACGAGGCACGACGUUAUUAAGAGCUUCAAGCCUGAGACAUUCUGGGUCUUGCAGGUGUCGAUUGCUCUGAAGAAUGACAAAACGGUGAGGCUGGACUGGGAAAGAGGAAGGCUUUUUGAUAAGGAAGUGGCACAAUUGUUCCUCAAUAUGGUCAAAGAAAAUUCUACUGCCAGCGUGGUGAGCAUCAUUUCUAAGGAGAAGACGAAGGCGCGACCACAAGCCCUGAACACAGUGGAGCUCAUGAAGGUCGCGAGUGCAGGUCUCGGCAUGAGCCCGCAGUCUGCCAUGGUGGUGGCCGAGCGCCUCUACACGCAAGGCUACAUCAGUUACCCCAGAACUGAGACGUCCAGCUACCCUGAGAACUUCGACCUCAUCGGGGCGCUGCAGAUACAAGCGGGGCACCAGGACUGGGGCACGACGGUGCGGGAGCUGCUGCGGGAGGGCAUCAACAGGCCCAAGAAGGGGCACGACGCAGGGGACCAUCCACCCAUCACCCCCAUGAGGGCGGCAGAAAGACAUCACCUCGACCUGGACUCCUGGAGGAUCUACGAAUACAUCACCAAGCAUUUCAUCGGCACUCUGAUGCCGGACUGCAAGUACCUCAGUACAGUCAUGACAUUCAAC